AUGCCUUCACCUGUUUGGGUCAUCACAGCAGCCUCUGGAGGCUUUGGACACGAGAUGGCUCUGCUCGCUUUAAACCUUGGCCACACUGUCAUCGCCACAGCACGCAGCACAUCACGCAUCCAAGACCUCGCCGACGCAGGCGCCCACACUCUAGCCUUUGACGUGACAUCUCCCUUGUCAGACCUCGAAGCCAUUGCGAAAGAUGUCUAUGCUAAGCACGGCCGUGUUGACUAUCUGAUCAACACCGCUGGGUUCAUCCUUGAUGGAGCGGUGGAGGAGGUGUCGCAGCAGGAGCUGUAUGACAGUUUCAACACCAACGUCUUUGGUAUCUUCAAUACCAUAAAGGCGUUUCUGCCGGGCAUGAGAGAGCAGAGUAUUGGGGAGAAUGGAAAGCGCGGUACGGUGGUCACCUUCGGAAGUAUUGGCUCUUGGCGAGGCGGCGCGACAUUCUCUGUCUACGCCAUGGUCAAGGCCUGCGUAUCCUCCCUCGCCGAAUCCCUCCGCGAGGAAGUCGAGCCAUUCAACAUCGUAGCCACGGUCGUAGAACCGGGCUACUUCCGCACAGGUUUCCUCAACACAGGCAGCAAAGUCGUCAGCGAGAACCGCAUGGCCGUGUAUGACGACGAAAGCACACCCACGGGCAAGACGCGGCGCAUGCUGGAUGUCACGGAUAACAACCAGCCUGGCGAUGUGAAGAAGGGCGCAAAGGUUAUCGUGGAGAUCCUCACGGGGACGGGUGUGGGGAAGGGGAGGAGUGUGCCUGUGAGGAUUAUGCUUGGGAGUGAUGCAGAUGCUUUCAUUCGGAAGAAGUGUGAGGAGACGUUGGGGUUGUUGGAUGAGUGGAAGGAGGCUGUUUUGAGUACGGAUCUUGAGAAGUAA